GUAUCGUCACUUUCGGCGACUGUGUCUGAAACGUCUGACUUACUACAAGAGUACCUUGGCGUUGAAAAGCCCGUGACUCCCGGGCAGGUCCGUAUUCGAUGGACUUGUAAAUGCGGCGAAGAGCUUUAUGACGACUUUAUCGAAGUUCGUCCCGGUGCUGCCGCCGAACUGGAGGCGAAACUCAAGAGCAUUGGCACACGCACUCUGCCCACGACCUCGCACACCAGUCAAGCAAGCCCCGGUAGCUCAAAUAGUUCUAGCCCGAUUUCCGCGUCGUCCUCAGCCUUCAACAGCGUCCCAUCAUCCGCGACCUCCAUCGGAUCGCUCUCGUCAUUCCCAUCCAAUCUGAACACCCCCACCUCCAACCGCCCCAAACCCAACCUCUCCUCUAACCGUCGCCCCCGCUACCUUCCCUACCCCCCCACCACCCCCCUCUGGCUCCUCACCUGCGCCAAUGAAGGCAAAUGGACCCCCAAAGUCACCCACCUCGACGUGCACCCUGCCCUCAUCCGCUCCGACCGCGACCUCGCUCUCGCACUCCGCGACCACUACGCUCGCCUCCACCACCGCUGGCCCAAGGCCCUCAAACUCCGUGGUCUAUCCUCCAUCCACUUCGUCCAGUUUGAACUCCACCGUAACCGCUUCGCCGAUAUCCGGAAAGUGCCCGACGUGCCCCCGGCGCCACCUCUGGCGUCCCGUGACCAACCCGCCGUGGCUGAGCCGCUGUCAUCCGCGUCAUAUCAGGGGUGCGCGACGGCGAUGGACCCGUCCUACGAAUUCGAGACCACAGACCUCAUCCCGCCGGUCGGCUCGCACUACCUCAUGCAUCUCCUCCGACAUCCAUCCGACUACGACGGCGAGCUGAUCGCGUACCUCCGCACGCCGAAGCGGCGCGGGCGGCUGGACGUCGGAGUGGGCUGGGGGAUCGCCCUGGUGGAAGGAUAUCUGCCGCUGCGGGUCUGGGGCAUGCUGGUCGUGUUGUUCGUGCUGGGGAGUCUGGUUUUUGCGGUGACGUGGACGGUGAGAAGCAAGGGAGAUCUGCAAGGGGCGUUUGGGGUGGCGGCUUGGGUGAGUACCAUUGCGGCGUUGACGCUGGGGUGGGCGCAGGCUUACUGUGACUGA